UUACAGAAAGAACGAAACAGGAAACACACCAGCCUCGCUUCUUUUCUCUCUCUCCUCUUUCUCUCUCUAAGAUGCUUCUGCUGCUGUUGUUGUUGGUGGUGGUGGUGGUCUUGUAUUUGUAUAUCAUAAUUUCAACGUUUUUUAAUGGAUGCUUUGAGAGUAAAUUAAGAAUAAAUUCCAGGCAAAUGGGGUUCUCUGGAACCCUUUCACUCACAUUUCCACCACCACCAUCGAAACUGCUCUUCUCUUCUCUUCUCUCCCUCCGUCUUAAUGGCUUCCUUGUCCCUUUUUCUCUCUGCAUCCUCUCUGUCCUUUAUCAUCCCAGAUUCUAGUGUUUCUUGAGAACCCAUUUCUCCCUUUCAGGAUUUGCCUUCUUCCUUAGUCAGCCACUUGCCUUACCUGGGUAUCCCUUGAAUCUUCGCCUGUUUCAUUAGAUAGAAGUCUAGUUUUUGGGUCCCAAUUUCUCUUCCAGGUAUUUUGUUUCUAUUUUCCCCCUCUUGGGAUUUUAUGGGCAUUUGAUUUUACUAGGGUUUGGAUGCGUAUGGUCUUAUUUCUGCAAUCUUGAUUAGUGUAUGGGAUGGAAAUUGUUUUCCGCAUCUACUUCUUAUCUGGGUAUGUAUUGACCCUUUUUUUUAUACUGCAAGGAAUGAAAAUUGUUCCCUUAUUCGUCAAGUGUUCAUAUGACCGUUUUAAAUAUUGAUCAGCCAAUACUUUAAAAUUGAUUUUUGGCUGAAUUUUCUUCUGGUUUACAAGCACCCCUUCCUCUCGCCAGGGUCUUUAUUUGUAUUCACUGAUCGCUUGCAUGUUGAACGAAACAACAAUAAGAAUUGCAUUUUGGUUUCAAUUGUGCAUCUGGGCCUAUAUUUUUCUUUCCAAAGGUUUUGGUUUGUAUAUGCUGAUGAUCUUUUGCUGGGUUUUUUAUUUGAUGAAAUUACAGAGAAUAUUUUUAGAGGGCUACAAAGCGGUCGGAUCCAUGUCCAGAGGAAAAGAAAACGAAAUAGAGGAUGAAGAGGGGAAGAGUUUAUGUAUGUGUGAUUCUAAUGUUAGAAAUAGGAGAGGUGUGCUUGAUGGGGAUUCAGGUAAUGGCUGUUGGGCGAGUUCCAGUAGUCCUCCGCCUGAAAAGAUUAGGGCUCGUGGGACUGUAAGGAGAUUGGACCCGAGUCGGAAUGGAUUCUCUUCCGGCGAGUGCAGGGUUGGUAGUUCGUCAGCUGUAGAUACUCAGGAUGCAGAUUACUCUGAUGGUCCCUCUCUCAGCUAUGAAGUAGAGGGUCUGAUCUUAGCUAGGGUCCCUAGAUCAGAAUAUUGGAAGUUUUGUUUUGUGAACAAGCGGUACUUAACUCUUUUGAAGAGCGGUGAACUCUUUAAGAUUAGGAGAGAGAUUGGGGUCAAAGAAUCGUCUGUUUUUAUGUUAGCGAGUGGGGAAACUAGUUGGUGGGCAUUUGAUAGGCAAUUUGAAUCUCGUAGGAGGCUACCAAUUUUACCAUCAGAUCCAUGUUUCACAUCAGCGGAUAAAGAGUCGGUCUGCGCGGGGACCCAUCUUAUUGUUUCAGGCAGGGAGUUUGAAGGUGUUGUUAUAUGGAGGUACGAACUGGCAAUGAACAAAUGGUUCAAGGGUCCUUCCAUGCUCAACCCAAGAUGCAUGUUUGCUUCUGCCAACUGUGGUGCCUUUGCUUGUGUAGCGGGUGGGAUCAGUAUGGUGAGUACUAAGGAAGUACUAAAUUCUGCUGAAAUAUAUAAUCCAGAUAAUAAAUCAUGGGACACCCUUCCAAGAAUGAACAAGAGGAGGAAGCAUUGCUCAGGCUGUUACAUGGAUAACAAAUUCUAUGUGAUCGGUGGGCAAGACGAAAAGGGUGAAGGUCUCACUUGUGGAGAAGCAUAUGACGAGGAUAGAAAAGCAUGGGACUUGAUCCCAGACAUGUUAAAAGAUGCCCCAGUUUCAACUUCUGAAUCUCCCCCUCUUGUUGCAGUUGUGAACAAUGAUCUCUACUCUCUAGAAGCUUCUUCAAAUGAGCUGAAGGUGUAUUUGAAGAAGACUAAUUCAUGGAGGCGGCUGGGAACAGUCCCCGUCAGGGCUGAUUUUAAUAGAGGAUGGGGUGUUGCGUUCAAGUCUCUAGGCAACGAGCUGCUAGUUAUAGGCGCAUCCUCAGUUUCUUUUGCAGGUCAUGGCAUGACUAUAUACACUUGCUGCCCCGAUCCUGAUGCUGAAGAGUUGCUGUGGAAGCCUCUUGACAGUGGCAGAAACCGGCUUAGUCACUUUAUCCUAAAUUGCUCCAUCAUGAUAGCUUGAGGUCAGCUCCUAAAGGAAGUCUUGCAGUAGAGAGUUGUUUGAUAAAUUAUUCUGACUACCCAAAUAAAAACUAAAUUGGGAAAGUAGAAAGUUGGCAUGAGAAGAUGUUUCAUUCUAAUAUUACACGAGGAGAUCCUGCAAAUUGUGCAUGACUCUCCAAACUUUGUGCGAUGGCAUUUGGUUGAUUUAAGGAAUGUUGGUGAGUUUUCACCAUGUCCCCCCUUUUCCUGUAUGAAUUCAAAUUUCCCGGAACAGAAGUUUUAUAACAGUUAUGUUUGGUUUCACAUCCUCAACAUAUGAUGAACUUGAUUUGAUCA